UAAUUUUAAUGUAUUAUCACCUGUCUGUGAAGUAUAACUAAGACAUGUAAUGGGCAGCUAUUAAGUAGCAUGUUAAGAGAACGAGAUUUUGAAAUUAUUUACAAAAUGUGGGUGUUCAAACGUUAUCGGUCCUUAUGAACUAAUAUUAAAUCUUUGGUUCAAAAUUAUGCGCUGACAGCAUGUCGGAUACCUCUUCACGAUAAAAGAUGCUGUUACCUUUUUUCUGAUGUGAUUGAGCUAUUUAGAUUAAUUAUUCGUGUUUUAUCAUGUUCUAACUGUGAAAAGUAGCUUUGAUUGGGUGAUUCGUUUUACUAUUCAUUGAACAGUUGGACACGUCAAAUAGUGCAAGGAAUUUAAUGGAAAUUCAUCGUUGUCGUCAACUAAUGGAUAUUUUUCAAUUAAAAGAAUAUUAAAUCAAUAUAUGAUAUACGAAUUAUAAAAGACAACCGAUCCUUUAAUGAUGUAUACUUUAUUGUGGAAAGUUGAAAAUUAAUUCAUAUUUUUAAUAACAUUGCAUUUUCUACACUGAUUCAAGGAACUCGGGGAAAAUGUCACUAACUAUUUGCCUGUAUUGAACCAGGAAUGAGUUAUUACCUUAAAAGUUUAAGAAAUGCCAGCGUUGGCUAUUCUAAUUUCAUCUUUUUUCGUCAUUUGUCUUGGACGAGUCCCAGAUGAGCAAAAGUUACUGGAAGUUUUGUUAAAAGACUACAACCCAGGUGCAAGACCCGUAUUCAACGCUUCUCAUAUAUUAUUGGCUAAAUUUGGAUUAACACUCAUUCAGAUCUCAGACAUGGAUGAAGUAAACCAGGUAUUGACAACUAACGUUUGGCUAGAACAGGAAUGGAUUGAUGAAAGACUAGUGUGGGACCCCGCUGAUUACAAUGGUCUAGAAAUACUAAGGAUGCCAUGUGAAAAAAUAUGGCUGCCAGAUAUAGUACUGUAUAACAGUGCUGACGACUUCACCUCAGGUUACAUGCAGAGUAAAGCUAUGGUAUCGUGUAAUGGAACAGUUUUCUGGCCACCGCCUGCAAAAUUUAGAAGUUCAUGUAAAAUUGAUAUAACAUUUUUCCCUUUUGACGAUCAAACAUGUGUAAUGAAAUUUGGAUCGUGGACUUAUGAUGGAUUUCAGGUUGAUUUAACAAACCGUUCAACCUUUGUAGAUUUAUCUAACUAUGUGUACAGCGGAGAAUGGGAACUUCUUGAUAUACGAGUUGUCCGAAAUGAAGUAUACUACGCAUGUUGUCCGGUACCGUAUCCGGACGUUACAUUUACUAUAGUUAUACGUCGAAAAACAUUAUACUAUUUAUUUAAUAUAAUAUUUCCUUGUUUGUGGCUGUCUAUACUGAGUUUGUUAGGUUUUUGGUUGCCACCAGAUUCAGGAGAGAAAAUUACGCUUGGAAUAACCGUUCUUUUGGCGUUUUCUGUAUUCAUGUUACUUAUUGCAGAAAAUAUGCCAGCAACAUCUGAGUUUGUUCCAUUAAUUGGAAUAUAUUUGACCUGCACAAUGGGAAUGACCUCCAUGUCUAUCAUUCUUACAGUGUUUGUUCUUCAGUUACACCAUGUUGGACCACACCAAAGACCAGUUCCAAAAUGGCUUCGAAUAAUCUGCUUCAAUUUUCUUGGAAAGAUUAUGUGUUUGCGACCUCCGAGACCGUUGAAUGGACUUCAUUGUCACUAUCCACAAAAUGAUAUUUAUCUAGCGCAGUUUUACGAGGACAUUACAGGAAAUAAUUGCAAUGGAAGUAUUCCUAACUUUCGUAACAAUGGUAACUACAGUACUGAGAAGGACGCCAAUCAUGUUCACGAAAAAAUAGCAUCGGAAGUAGAAGUUGACAAUACACAGGAGCGCAUUACAAAUCAUUUAAAACUUUUAAUUGAUAAACAAGAUUAUGAAGAUAGACAUCAGUGUAUAGUGAACGAUUGGCGAUUCGUUGCUUUAACUAUGGAUCGAAUAUUAUUUUGGUUAUUUUUAUCAGCAACAACAUUAUCAUCUAUUGCCAUUUUAAUCAUCCAGCCAAUGAUGAAACCAAAAGUUUAAAGCAACUUACUAAUGUCAUAUUGCCUUUCAGUUCUUCUUUCAUAUGAAUGUUUAGUUGAAUAUCAUCAUGAUAAGUAACAUAAUUUCAAUAUUUCUAACCUUUUAAUUGUUUCGUAUAUCUGUGAUAUAAGUAUAAGUAGUAUAAGUUGUAAUGAGAUAACCAUUUAACAGAGGUUCUUUGCGUAUGAUAUAUCAUAGGUAAAAUUUAGUGUUGAUGUUAGAUAUUUGAAUUUCCCUACUUGAUUAAUUUACAACUUGUAGAAAGAUGCGUAUGUUUCAGUCGCGAUUUAAUUUUAGUUAUUUUAUUGAUGAUUCUGUAAAACGAAUGGACUAAUUACACAUGGCAGAUUAAGAAAAGAUUAAGGAUUAUGUACCCUUGUGUAGCUUUAAUGCUUUACAUAUGGACAUUUUAUAGAAAAUCCACAGCCUUUCUCCUUGUUCUAUCAUAUUUGGCAAUUUGAUGACCGAUAGAUAUAGGAUUAUUGCAUGCAGUGCUAGCAUUGAUUUACUUAAAAUAAGUUUAUUAAUGUAGUUAUCGAUUAGAACAAAUACAAAUAUGGACCAAAUCAA